GUCGUCGUUGAUCGUCGAAGGUGCAGAUCGAGGUAGGAGUGUUCCGACGACUCUUGUUGGUUGUGUACCGGGUGUCGGUGUACGUGCUGUGUGUCUUGUGAGUGGUUCAUCUGGUGCGUGAAAGCGAACUGUCAAACGGAAGCCCGAAAAUGCGUGCCUUUGUAGUAGCGUCGAUACUUUGCGUUGGAUUUGUGUCCGCGUACCCACAGCAGGCCGUUGAUCCGGCGUAUCUGCGGCAGUACUACCAGCAGAUCGCUCAAGCGGCCGGUGCCCAGGGACGUGCCGAUUCUACCCCCAUCCAUGAGCCGGGUGCACAGGAGCAGCAGCACAUUCCGCAGUAUCUGCCCCAGCAGGGCCAACAGAUCCGUCCACAGUACCAGCAGGCACAGCAGCAGGCUCGUCAGUACCAGCCCCAGUACCAGCCACAGCAGAUCCAGUACGUGCAGGAGCAGCAGUACCAGCAGCCGCAGCAGCCUCAGCCCCAGCCGCAGCUGAAAGUGUCCAAGCCACGACCGCAGUACCUGCAGGGAGGCCAGAAGCAGCUGGCCGAGGAAGACCCCGAGGACUAUGACCCCAAUCCUUCGUACCAGUUCGGAUUCGACGUGAAGGAUGAUGAGUUCACCAACUACCAGAACCGCAAGGAGACGCGCGACGGAAACGUGAUCAAGGGCAGCUACUCGGUCGUCGACUCCGAUGGCUUCAUCCGUACCGUCACCUACACGGCCGACCCGAAGGAGGGCUUUAAGGCCGAGGUCAGCCGCCAGCCGACCGACAUCGUAGUCAAGAUCCCGACGCCGGCCCCUCAGUCGAGCCAGCACGAGCGCUUCGCGCAACCUAGUCAGUCCCAGCAGAACGGUGGCUACCGUCUUCAGCAGCAGCCCCAGCAGCAGCAGCAGCAGAGACCGAGACCCCAAGAGUACUCUCAGUAUCAGUAAAUUAGGAAGCAGAGAGCGAGAGAGUGCGUGAGAAAGCGAGAGGGAGACUAGAAACAGGUGUCAUAGAGGCAGGCAGAGCACUACCUCGCCGCUCUGCUGCCGUCCGUCACCUGAAUUCGUUAGCUACCAAUUCCAAGUGCCCUCAUCAUAAGAAGUGUGAGUUGGGUUUGGUCCAAAAACCCACGAUGAAGGCGAGGUGGAGGAGCAAAACAAGGGCCGGCUCCUCUCUCAUGUGUCGAAAUGUGUCCUCAAGUGUGUCACAAACUAGAACGCAUGAUGUGGCCACCGUAUCAUCUCUAUCCCCCGCCCCAAAUAUCUCAUCUUACCGGCCUUUUGGGGAUCGUCACCUAGAGAUGCUUUCCUAUCGUAAAGUCAUGAUAUUUAAAUGAAAAUACACGAAAAACUGUA